CAUCAGGUCAACAGUAACAGCCAUGAGAAUUCCACAUCAGACAUAGAUAAUGGUAAAGGCUGCAAGGAGUUCAGUGAAGUCAGUGAUAAAAUUAUAUGCUCUAAUGCUGCACUGAAACGUAACACAUCUUCUGGAGUCGAUUCUUUCUGUGAUGGUCAGAUGGAUUCUGAAAUGGGCCAGAUGGUGCAAUUGGAAAAUAACCUCUCUAUUCAAAAUGGCCAUCUGGAGGCUGAGGACACUCGGAUGAAUUUAGAUGAAUUCAAGAAUAACAACAUAUUGGAUUCACAAUCAGAUGUAUGUAAAUAUGAGUCUGAAAACAUUACAAGGAAUACCUCAGAAUCAUCCCAUCUUCUCAGUGUUUUUCCUUCUGCUGCUACUGAUAAGAACAUGAAUUUUAAAAACACUUCUAGUUUAUAUCCAUCUCAUGACAUAAUCAUUGACAGUGAAGAAAUGUGUCAUUCAAACUCAGAUGCAGUUUGGCCAGUAAGGACAGGGGAGAAAACUGUCACUGAUGCAGAACCAUCUUUGUGUGAGACAGAAACUUCUGAAAAUAAUUCAGGAAAUGUAACAUCUAUGAAUCCAGCUUAUCAAGAAUGUAAUGUUUCAGAACCAGCACUUUCAUAUUCAAUAGACCACUCUAAUGGUCUCAAUGAGGUUUUAAAAGAAAAAGAUGCAACGAAUGAUGAGUUCCAGCAUGAUGUUUUAAAUACUGACUUUGCUAGUAAAAGAGAGAACAUAGUGAAUGAAGUGAAGAGAGAUGCACGCAAAUCAAUAAAGAAAUUCUCACAAAUUGAUUUCACAAGCAGUAAGUAUUGUGGGGAAAAAAUUCUGUUUUUAUGGGAAUAUUCAAUAUUCUUUAUAUAACUUUAAAAAAACUUUUUUAAAAUGUCUUUACCAUUUUCCCAAAAAAUUGAUGAAAGACUAAUGUCCCUUUACAAUACAACUAGACAAAACUAAAAACCAAGAUGCUGUCAGAAUACUUUGCUCUUUUAUGUUGUGUGAUCAUAAUAUUCAUUCAGAUAUUUAUAAGGGGUUAUUAAGGACUAUUUGCAUGUAAAAUAAGCAACAUUUAAAUGAAAAAUCUACAAAUAUAAUAAUUUACAAAUGGGUUGAACAAUAAGUGAAAAUUUUGUUCAUUGACUCUAGCUGACUAUUCAUUUUUUGAAGUUGACAGUGUGACGACAGUAUGACUCUUACAAUUUUCAGUUAUAAAAAAAGAAAGCAUUACAAAAGAUAAUGUUUAUUAAUCAGAUGUAAAUAAAUAAUUUUUUCACGUGAAUUUAUUUACAAAUGACGUGAAACAAUGUUUGCAUUGACUUGGGCAGCCAAAAGCUCAUAGAAUUUUUAUCUUAGCCUAAAUGAUAUACAAUUUUUAUCUUAAUAAUUAUGACAUCAAAAUUGUUUACAUUUGUCUCAUCUAGUUUUUUUUAAAGUUACAAUUUGUUUGGGAGAAAUUGUUUUAGGAAGUACAAAUGAAGAUCUUUUCUUCUUAACAUUGUUUCUUUGUAAUUCUUUAAUUUAAAAAAAAUUAAGCUCAAGAUGAUGCAAUUGCACAACCUCUGAGAACAGGAAAGAAAAGAAAGACCAAGAAGCUUUCAGAGAAUAAAACCAGAUCUGCUUCACUUGGUAACUAUGAAAUAACAUUACAUUGUCUUCAGAUAUGACACUCAGUGUCUGAAAGUUGUAAUUUGAGAGCCACUAUGCCUUGCAACAGUUUACAACAGUUGAUUUAAUGCUUUAUUAUGUUGCAAAAAUUGUAAUCAAUGUUCUUAAUGUAGGUGGGUAAAGUGUUCUUGAGAUCACAAGAGAUUUAAUUACCCUUUUGUAAUGGAAACGUAACCAAUAUUUUUAAAACAGAUGCAGCAAAAUUGAUUUCAUUUGCAACUUGAAAACUAAAAAACAAUAGUCACGAACUAAGUGUUUUUUAAUUAAAAAAAUUAUUUUAAAAAAUUGAUUGACCUCUGCUCAAGCGUUAGCGAAAACAAGGGAGAAAACAAUUCUCUUACUUUUUGUAUCAAGUAUUUGUCCAUACUAAGUAACAGUACACAAAAUUAUUGUGGAGCAUAUAGGCUAUAGGUGGAACCGAACCCCUGAUUUUUCAGAAAUUUUUCAUAAAAAAUGUGGGACCUUUACAUGAGAAUGUAUAUGGUAAAUUACCAAAGAUCCUAGAAAAUAUCAAUAUGGUUGUUUUAUUGGGAAGUAACCCUAGUUCUAAUAUUUUACAAAGUACUUUAUAGUUGCAUAUAGUCAUAUAGUUGAUUUUUUUUAUCAAAGAGUUUCUUGAGUAAGCAAAAAAGAAAUCUAUUUUCAUAUUAGAUUUCUCUUAGAUAUUUGCUAAAGAAAAUUAGAUGUAUCAGCUGAGAUUUUGUUAGUUCUUAUUAGCCAUUAGGAUCAUUAAAAAAAAACAGACUUGAAUUUUCUUCAUUAUGUUCAACUAUUAUCUCUAUCAAUGUAAUCUUUUUUUCAGAUAUUUAUCCUUAUGACAAUAAAAAAGGUAAAAAUCAUAUAUUUUGUAGCCUGAAGUUUACUCAUUUAAAUGAUAUCAUUAUAUUUAAAUAAAAUUUGUUAAAAUAUCAUUUGCACAUAAAUUUAAAAUAUUUGAUGUGUUACUUUUUAAAGCGACAUGUAUAUUAAUUACAUAGUUCUUUUGUUUAUUUUGAGAUUUACUGAAUUUUGAGCUUUGCAUGAUCACAUUAUUGCAUCAUAACUUCAAUUUGGAAUGCAUCAUUCGCUGGCUGACAGGUAGCCUCCGAAGUACAGUAUCUGUUGGAGAUGAGCCAGAAGACAUGUUAUUUGAUCACAUCGAGGCUGACUUUGAUGCCAUGUCCAUUACCACCAUCAGCAGCAUUGAAGAGGAGGAUGAUGUCAUGUUGCCUGGGGGGAUCACUCCUGAUUCACUAUCAUUAGCAGGAGAUUUAUAUUGUGAGGCAGAUAAUAAAAAGUCCACAUUUGAAUAUUCAGUGUCUCCGCCUGGCUUCAAAGGUAAAAUCACCCAUUGAUGACAAUCAACACUAGUUUAAUACCCAUAGGUAAUAUUCAACAUUAAUUUGAUACCCAUAGGUAAUAUUCAACACUAAUUUGAUACCCAUAGGUAAUAUUCAACAUUAAUUUGAUACCCAUAGGUAACACUCAACACUAAUUAUAUUAGUAAUUUGAUUCCCUGCUGUUGUUCAAAGUUAGAUUUGAGGGUUACAAAGAACAGCAUUCUUUCCCCCAAAAUUUAUAAUUAUUUUUGUGUAUAAAGGAUGGUUGCUGAAAAUACAAAAAGUUAUUGUCAACCUCUGUAUAGUGUGGACUGGCCAGUUCAUUUAUGCAUGAAAACUAAAUGGGUAAAUAUUGUUAGUGUUUGGAGCCCAUAUUGUUUGGACUGAGUGAGCAGGUUGGGAAUAUUGCUACUGUACAUGUCAGCCGGAAAAUUUAACCCUUACAGUACCCGGCGCAUCUUUUUGCAGUGACCUAAUUUUUCCCUGUGACCCAAGCGCGUCUUUUUUCACCAGCCGACCGUUUUCCAUGUGGCCCAAGCGCGUCUAUUUGCCGCAUAGAGGGGUAUCUAAUAAAAACACAGAAACGAGGAUAUAACCUUUCACCCCAGUCUCGGGCAGAAUGUUUAUUCGUUAGGAGAAUAGUCAAAUUUUAAUUUGCCUUUUAAAUUAUGAAAAUCUACCAAUUACUGAGUUUUUUAUGCGGAUCUGUAUUUGUUGUUUCCAUGGCGCCACCAGCGCUAUUGACUAUUGUUCAUGACGACUUGGAGGGGUAUCUAAUAUAAACACAGAAAUGAGGAUAUAACCGUUCAUCACAGUCUUGGGCAGAAUGUUUAUUCGUUAGGGGAAUAGUCGAAUUUUAAUUUGCCUUUUAAGUUAUGAAAAUCGACCAAUUACUGAGUUUUUUUAACGGAUCUGUAUUUGUUGUUUCCAUGGCGCUGCCUAAUCACUAUUGUUGAUGGCCACUUACACCUACUUGAUGAAACCUUUUGUUCUGAAAAUAUUAUUGAGCUUUAAUUGGGAUUAGAAGUGUUUUUUUAACACCCUUAUCCAUUUCUGAACAGAUAAUUCUCUACAUGUUAUUAUCAAUUGUUUAAAACAAAAAGUUACAAAAUAAAUUAACAAGCUUAUCAAAUUUUUACUCAUUCCAAAAUAAUGUCUGGGCCACAGGGAAUAAUUAGCCAAUUAAUGGCCGGUACUGAGACAAUAGAAGCAAAAAGUAGGUCAGUACCGUAAGGGUAAAUAUUAUAAACUUAUUAUUUGAAUUCAAUUCUUCCCGAUCAUCAAUCUUUAAUGGACUAAUAAAUAUGAAAUGUUAUAUACAGAUUUAAUGGACCAAUAAAUAUGAAAUGUUAUAUACAGAUUUAAUGGACCAAUAAAUAUGAAAUGUUAUUGACAGAUUUAAUGGACUAAUAAAUAUGAAAUGUUAUAGACAGAUUUAAUGGACUAUUAAAUAUGAAAUGUUAUAGACAGAUUUAAUGGACUGCUAGAUAUGAAAUUUUAUGAGACAAAUUUAAUGGACUAAUGGAUAUGAAAUGUUAUAGGACAAAUUUAAGGCAUUUAAGGUAAAGAUUUAAUCUGCAAAUAUAUAAUAAUAAUAAUAAUAAUAAAGUUCAUUUCAAAAACACGCUUCAUCCCCAAAGGCUCGAAGCGCGGUACAAAGUCAACAAAAUACAAAUCUAUAAUUUACCACAUUUAAAACAAACGCAACACUACAAAAACUAUAUGAUGGAUACAGUUCUGAAAGAUGUUGGGUAUCUUUCUGACACUUAAUAAAUAAAAUCAGGGAUUUCUCUUCAAGAAAAACAAAAGGAUUGAUAGUGCAUUUCAAAAAUUCAAAAUAGAUGAGUUUAAAUUAAAGUAGUUUUAUGAGAAAAUGUAUUCACUGUGUCAAUUGCUGUGUUGUAAGUAAUUGUGUUUCUAGGUGCCGUGCUGUCAUUCAGUGUGUGUCGAGUUCCUGUGUUGUCAUCCACUGUGUGUCAAGUUGCUGUGUUGUCUGUCACUAUAUGCAAAGUGUUUGUGUUGUCAGUAAUUCUUGUUAACAUUUCGAUACAACUCCUUCCUAUUGUUACAGACAAGCAAGUUGUUAGGAAAAAUUCUGGCACACUGUUGUACACAGAGGCUAAAGCAGAAGUCAUUCCCCCUCUCAUAGACCGUCUAGCAGCGGCUCGUGGAGCUUACAGCACUGAUGACCUUUCCCUUGGCAUGAGGGAUAGUCCACCAAACAACAGCCCAUUGACGGGAGAAAAUGUCUUCUCAGUUGGGUCACCGAAAACUUCUUUGUCUGCAUUUACAGAUGGGUAUGUGAACAAGUGGGAAGAGCAAUCUUUUUCUUUGGGCCUUUUUCAUCUCAACAGUUUUAGAUUUGAAAGGAUACAGAUUACAAUAUACUACUGCUAUUUUCUUAAAUAAAUAUUUGUUAACGUUUAAGUGUAGGCAAGAAUGCAUCUUGAUAUUUUUUGCGGGUAGAACAUGUUUGUAUCUAAUAAAUGUUUUUGGACUGUUUUGGACAAUUUUAUAAUAUUAUAGAUUUUGGUAGUAAGAUCCAAGGAAUGUAUGAAAAAGUUUCAUGCUCAUUGGACAAGGCCAUGUAACCACUCCUCAAGAGUUUUGUGUUCAAGCAUUGUUUCAGAGCAAAGCUGUAUAAUUGUCAGACUUGCCAUUUUAACUAUUUUAUCAUGAUACCCAAACCAUAAUUUUUGUUGAAUCUGAGUUUUUUAAAUUAGACUAGAUGUGGCCCCAUUGGCGAUAGCAAUGCAUGAACUUCCCAUCUACUAAAGUUACUUGGCAAAAACGUGAACUCAAGUUACGCACAUUUAAGAAUCCCAAUUUUUGCUACACCCCUCCCCCCUUUUCAUGAUAUGUCGCUGCACACUUUUUAUUUCACGCCCAUGAACUAUAUAAAUAUAGCCGACCUGCGGCUUAGCAUACGACGCCACGAGCUUGUUGGUGUGUGCGCAUGGCUGGCAAGCGAGGGUGGAUAUAGCCCGCCAAACAUUGGCGACAGCAAUGCGUGAACUUCCCAUCUACUAAAGUUACAUGACAAAAAUGUGAACUCAAGUUAUGCACAUUUAAGAAUGCCAAUGUUGCUACACCCCCUUCCCCCCCUCCCCUCCCCCCUUCAUGAUACAUCACUGCACACUUUUUAUUUCACGCCGACCCGCGGCUUAGCAAACGCCACGAGCUGGCUGGCAAACGAGGGUGGUGCAGGAGGGGUUAGGGGCGGUAGCUCCACCACAGUGCGCAUGUCUCAAGACCAACGAUGGGCAGGGAAGGGAAGGGAAGGGAGGGUUCGCCUGCGUCUUGCUUGCUCUGGCAAAUUUAUAUAUAGUCUGCGUGGUCAUCUUGUUGUUUGCCCUACUUCUUCUGGCGAAUUAUAUUUUAAGUAGAUAAAUAUAACAUAGCCUCCUUGUUGCUUAGAUAAACUCCCUUGUUGCUUAGAUAAAUAACCUCCCUUGUUGCUUAAAAAAUUAACCUCCCUUGUUGCUUGGCUUAAUUUUAUUUCAAUUUCUCAUCAUUUUUUAAAUUAUAUUCAGCCUCUCUCAUCUGAAAUCCCAAACAAAAUCCUUCAUCAAAACAAUGAAAGAGAAAAAUAUUCUUAUGGCCAAAUCUACCAGCUCCCCCAUGUUGUCAUCCCUUGUGCACCAGGUGAGUCCAGUUGACAGUUUGGUUUGGUCAGGUUUUUUGUUUUGCGAUAUAGUAUAGUGCGUUCAAAAAGAAAUUUGACGAAAAUUUUAAAGUGUGAACUGAAAAUAAGAUUAGACCAAAUUUCCGUCGAUCGAUUUUCUGUCAAUAAAAUUUAUUUCAAACAAAUUUCCGGUAACCCUAAAUUUUAUUAUAAAGAAAGCUGUUAAGGUAUUCAGGUUUUAAAUGAUUUUUAGAAGUAUCUGGUUUAGCACUCAAGCUAGCAAUGAUGUCUCUCACAGGAAAAUAAUGAAUUAUCCAACCGUGCGUCUAAAUUACUCAUGUUUAUUUUAUUUCAUAACUUUAAAUAUUGGUUCUUUUACUGGUGUUUCCUCCCAGCAACAAAGGCCAUUGAAAGAUGAAUCAAGUUCUCUUCAACAAAUUGAUGACCAACAAGACAGGACAACGGAAAAUCAGGAAGCCAACAGUAAAAAAAUUAAAGAAGCCGCAGUUGCCAGUUUGGACAUUGCAAUGUUGUGCCAAACGGCCAGAGACAUCCAGAAAACACUGAGCAGCCCCGCCACUCUUUUAAACCCAAGACUCUUGGUGAGGGUUCUCAAUGAGUGGGCCCGGGAGUUGAAUGGUGUCAUGGUGGCCUACCAUCAAGAGCUGAUCAAAAUGCAAUACGAACAUAGUAAAAAUUAUGAAAAACCUACAAGCUCAGGAAAUCGUACUAGUGCUAACGAGGAACCUGAAUUUUCAGAUGGAGCUCUAAAUUCCGAAGUGUCUGAUGAGAUUGUUGAGGACGGCACAAGUAGGUCAUGUGAAAACAAAUGCGUGCCAAGUGCCUUAAUUGACAGCUCAUUAUCAUCUCAGACUCCCCAUGAUGAACUCCAUGACUCACCCAUUCCCUGCCUAACGCCCAGAUACUGGUCAAGUAUUAUUCAUUCAAAGGAUCCUUUCCAUAUUCCAGUCCAACAAUUAGAGCUUGUUAAGACCUUGACAACCUUAUGUUUUAUUUCAGGAGCUACAGGCAAUAUUUUGAACUUUUUAGGGUUUACGAAAGUAGUUCAUUUAAAUGAGUUCCUUAAAUCUUUCCUACCGGUAUCCCUAAUUUCAUCCUAUGACCCUCUUUCAGAAAAAUUUUCCAUGCGAUCACAUUAUUCAGUAAAUUCAUCAGGUCACAUCGAGUCAACUGUUAAUAAAAAAUUCGAUAUUGAAGAUACAGGAUCCAAAAUAAUGACAAAUACUUCAGCAGCACUGAAGAAAGACAACGAAGUAAGCACAUUUGCAGGUCAUCAUGUAAACACUGCUUUAAAGUGGGUCAACAGUUCAGAAACUAGGCCAAGUUUAACUUAUGAUGAAACUAAAAGGCCCCAAGAGCACAAGCUGGACACCACAGCAGAAGACCCAAAGCCGAUCGGAAGCUGCGAUGUGUCCAAUACAAAACUUGAUCAAAGUGUGUUCACAGAUCCC